AUGGGGCAUUCACUGCUCGUGGCUUCCACGGUCUUCGCGCUCCUUGGGAGCUGCUGGGCAAUGGUUGUCCUUGCCUGGCAGUACCCUUGGCUGCUACAUCUGCUCUUCUUCGUAAUGUCGACGCUGACUUUUUUUGGUUUGGCGGCUUUGUGCUUGCUUCUCUAUUUGGUCCAGAUGGCCUAUGAGUCGGAAAGAGGCGCUCUGCAGCUGCUUCCGCCGUCUGCAGGCAAGACGCUGAACCUUUCCCUCUUUGAGAUUCUGGAGGUGCUAAGCCGCGCAAUCAUGCGACCCUUGUAUGACUGGGUUCGAGUGCUCCUGCUGAUCAACUUAGAAUUGGAUGAGGAAACAAGAAAGGAGAUUCUUGAAGAGAUGAGCCCUGAGUUUAGGCGGCGCAUUUUCCAGUACUCAGUAGGCCAGCUGUUGCCCAAACGACUUCAGCGCUUCAUCCUGGGUCGAAGCUACAGUGAGAGCCGGGCACCUGGAGACCUUCAUGAGCUCUUUGAGUCUAAUGCUCAGAGACUUUCAACAGAGAGAGGUGAUAAAGACUUUCGAGUACGCGGGAGAAGCUUGAGUCGGUCCCAGUCCCUCACAGACCUCCUGGCCUUUCUUCGGACAGUUGACAACUCACAGGCUUCAGCUUCGAAGCAGUCAUCAGUUAUUGAGAAGAUCCUGGCCAGCAAAGUGGCGGACGGUGCAAUUUGGACAAUGUCCCAGGGAGCCGUCCACCAGUACGAGAGCCAUCUCAGCAGCAGGGUCCGCACCUUUCUAGAAAACGUCAGCAAACAGCCGGAAAACCGCCUCUUGCGAGUGCCUUGGCGGGUCAUCAAUUGGGAGCUCACUGCUGCACGUUCCGUUCUGAGAUCCAUGGUGUCGCUCUUCAAUGAGGCGCCGGAUGAGGUUAGCGCGACUUGCAAGAAGGACAAGUAG